AUGAAGCUAAAAAUGAUUCUGGUGGUUAUCGUGCUGCUGGCAAUCUCUUGCAAUGUACAAUCAGCAGGGAAUUGUGAUCUUUUGAAAUUCUGGGGUGGCUUCUUUGAAGGCGUUGGUUAUAUUCAUCCAGGAUUCAAAGGAGCAAUCAUAAAUAUAAACCGCUACGCUCAGCAAUGCAGGAUUAAGGUGAUACUUACAAGUUCCUUCAGGAAAGACAACGGAAAGAAACUAGAGGGCGCCAAGUAUAAACCUGCCAGCCGCAGUAACCAUUUCGUGGGUCACGCUAUUGACAUGAAUUUGAGAGACGGGAAUCUUCUCUGCAAAUGGGCUUGUCUGCUCAACAACAAGUACCAUUCCAAAGGAGUCCAGUGCUUCACCCAGAAGAUCAUGCAAGAUGCAGGCCUUCGCUGGGGGGUCGUCUUCAAGGAUCCUGUUCAUAUCGAUGAUGCAAUUAACAUCAAAAAGAGUGAAGGAUACGAUGGACUCUAUCAGUCGCUUCAAGCUAAUUGUAAUUUUCUUCCAGUGAGCGGCUGA